GGGAUUUCGCGGACCAUAGGUAAGGGAAGGUGAGAAUGAAUGUGACGUUGCAGGCCCAUUGUGUUCUAUCACUCGUUCUUCCUUCCCUCCGGAUGACAACCUCACGUCGAGAUAUCCUGACAUUACCACCCACCACCGCCACCGCCACCACCACCACCAGUUGCUCAAAAACUCUACAGAUAAACCAAUCGUGCAAUCACAAAGUUACAAAGAAUCGGAGGCUUGAGAAGAGAAACAUACGAAGCAACUCCCAAACUCCAGCAGCCAGCAAGCAGCACACGAAUCCAGCGCAAAACAAAAGUACACAUAUUAAGCUUCCUACGGUAGGUAGGUAGUCUUGUACUUCCACAGCACUUAGGAGAAAGGAAAAAAGGAAAAAGCCCU